CGUCACUUCAGUUGCAUUGCUCAUAGUAAGUCAUAGCCAACACUAUCAAAUAUGAAUUGCUGAUUUCAGCGCUCCUGCAUCUCCGGCAGGACCGAGGGGUUGUCCCCAAGCAAACGAGCGUCCGUCACCCAGAAUAAUCAAACCGAACAUCACAGAGAACGAUACGUAGGGGAAGCUUCGGGCUGCGAGACUUUGGGACAGCAAAAACGAAGAUGGCUAUUGAGCCCCAUACUUUCGAUCCGGACGGCGAUGUACUCCUUCUUCUUUCAAAACCUCCUCCACAAAAAGCGCAAAACGGGGCAAGGGAUUCUGAUGAUGAUGCCAGGAUUGCUAAGAUUCCUAAGAAGGAAGCAGCACACACGAAUGAAACAUUGGAGGUAAUUGCAGAUGGCGACCAGGAUGUCGCAGCGUCAGACAACACGACUGUGGUAACCAAACCUGUAAUUGAAAAGGAGCCAUGCAUCGAUAUUCAUUUGCUUGCUUCCUCAAGGCACUUGAUGCUAGCAUCACCAGUAUUCAAAGCCAUGUUAAAGAACGGAAAUUUUAAGGAAGGCCAGGCACUUCAGUCCACAGGAAGGGUCGAGAUACCACUUCCUGAUGAUGAUGCACCCACACUCAUUCUCUUGUUGAAUAUUAUACAUGGGAGGACUCGCAGAGUACCGAGUAAUGUGGAUCUAUCACAACUGGCCAAAGUUGCAUUUAUGACCGACAAGUAUCAAAUGUACGAAGCCGUUGAACUGUAUACGGAUUUUUGGUUUGACAAAUUGUUGCCAAGCCUUCCUGAAGUCUACAACGACGACACUGUGACGGAGGUAAUGGCAUGGCUUGGGAUUACCUAUGCGUUAGGACAUGAGGAUCAAUUUAAACAUAUCACAAAGUUGUUGCAGCGCUAUGGAGACGACAGAAUAGAAGAUAACAUGGAAGGCAUUCCCGUCUCACAAUCAGUUAUUGAUGCUCUUAAAUCGCAACGUAUUAAAGCACUAUCUGCGAUCUAUGCUUCUAUCGACCAGAGCAUUAAAUUGUAUCAAGGGCCUCAGCUUCGCUGCCAGUAUUGCCACUGGCAGUCGAGGUCAAGGUGCGAUUCGUUGGCGCUAGGCUCACUCAUGAAGAACUCAAUAUCGGCAAAAAUUUGGCCACCACCAAGUCCACCUUACGAAGGAGUUCGAAUUGGGGACCUCGUAGACACGAUCUCGCACCUGCAAAUCAUGUCAUCGUGCGAGAUAAAUAAGCGGUCAGCCGCUAGAGAUAUGGAAAAGUCGAUAAAAACGGAAUCCAACUUGAUUGCCGACACGCUUGGUCUUGAUCUUAACGAAUUUAUGGUCUUAGUGGAGGAUGGAAAGGAGAUGGAGAAGGAGAUAAAGUGAAGUGUGCCAUGGUUUAGGAGAAAUGUAUAAUAAAACGACAUAUAACCUGCUGAAAGGCAAGCAGCAAAAGGUCUAGUGGAAUUUAAUUCUUAUAUGUACCGAUAGAUAGACUACUACUAUCAGAAAAUGAAUAGGAUACUCAGCAAGC